UCUCCCUCCUCAAUCUUCAUCUCACUCAUUUUUCAAACCAGAAAAACCUGAAACCCUUUUAGUCUACACAGCUAGCACAAAUGGCAAACCCCAAAAGCCUCUCGCACCCAGCUGCAGUAGUUCUUGCGUUGAUGAUGAUGGCUGUAAGUAUUACUAGUGUGGAUGCUGCAGCCGUCACAUUCAGUGUGAGCAGUUUAGGAGCCAAAGCAGAUGGCAGGACUGACUCCACACAGGCCUUCCUCUCUGCUUGGGCCAAAGCUUGUGCCUCCGUCAACCCUGCUGUCAUCUAUGUCCCCACAGGGAGGUUCUUGCUUCGCAAUGCUGUGUUCUCUGGGCCAUGCAAGAACAACGCCAUCACCUUCCGCAUUGCCGGCACCCUCGUGGCCCCAUCUGAUUACCGGGUCAUUGGAAACGUCGAUAAUUGGCUUUUCUUUCAGCAUGUCAAUGGGGUCACCAUUUCCGGUGGAGUUCUCGACGGUAAGGGCACCGGCUUGUGGGGUUGCAAGUCCUCAGGCCAGAGUUGCCCCAGCGGAGCAACCACACUGGGUUUUUCCAACUCCAACAACAUUGUGGUGAGUGGAUUAGUAUCACUAAACAGCCAAAUGUUCCACAUUGUCAUCAACGGCUGCCACAAUGUGAAAAUGCAAGGUGUCAAGGUUAUCGCCGCCGGCAACAGCCCCAACACCGAUGGUAUCCAUGUCCAAUUGUCAUCUGGUGUCACCAUUCUCAACUCCAAAAUUUCAACCGGUGACGAUUGUGUCUCAAUUGGCCCCGGCACCACAAAUUUGUGGAUUGAAAACGUGGCUUGUGGACCCGGCCAUGGAAUCAGCAUUGGGAGUUUAGGAAAGGACCAACAAGAAGCUGGUGUACAAAAUGUUACGGUUAAAACAGUUACAUUCAUUGGUACUCAAAAUGGCGUAAGGAUCAAGUCUUGGGGGAGGCCUAGCACUGGAUUUGCUAGGAACAUUCUUUUCCAACAUAUUGUGAUGACCAACGUUCAAAAUCCAAUCAUUAUUGAUCAACAUUAUUGCCCUAACAACAAAGGUUGCCCCGGCCAAGUUUCCGGAGUUAAGGUCAGCGAUGUGACAUAUCAAGACAUUCAUGGUACAUCGGCGACGGAAGUGGCAGUGAAAUUCGAUUGUAGUUCCAAGUAUCCUUGCAACAGGAUCAGACUGCAAGAUGUGAAGCUCACUUACCAGAACCAAGCAGCUGAAGCUUCAUGCAGCCAUGCAGGCGGAACAACUGCCGGUACAGUUCAGCCUACAAGUUGUCUGUAACUGGACUCGUAGUUUUUGCCCUCUAGUCAUACUCACUCGUGGAACUAGUUGGUAUAUAUAGGAACUAAAGAAGAUUACUAGAGUAGUAGCUAGCUAUAGCUCUAGCUCUAGGUCGUUGAUGUAUUGAAAAUGUAAUUUGCUUGAGCCUGCGGUGUUGGCUGCCUAUUGGGCUUCCUUAGAGCCUGGCCUUGCAUCAUCCAAACCCCCUUCAUGGACAGAGACUCUCCCUUGCAUACGGUGGUUUUAUAUGAUAAAUUGUUGUUAUUUGAAGUGAUAAAUGCAAUAUAAAUUAAAAGUAAAUGUAUUGUUUUGGGUGUGGUUUUUUUUUUUUGUUUAAUAAUUUAUUUUAGGGAUUUGGUUUGUUUGAAAAUUUGUAGAUUUUAGUUCUGGCGAGGGUAUGCAUAUUUUGGAGUAAUUUUUCUUAAUGUUAGAAGGGUAAUAUUAGGGAGACUAAAUUUGUAGAUAAAAUUUUGCAAAUUAAAUGACAAAAUUUCCAAAUACUCUGUUUAACGCUUGCUCAAUUCGGGCGUGUUAGGUGGCAAGUAGAUUGUAUAUAACUUAAGGGUCCCGUUUGGUAGUUUGGUUGAAAUAGGUUCUGAUCAAUUAAAUAGACUUGAAUCUAGUCCGUUGUUUGUUGUGUCAAAAUGUGAGAUAAAAAAAAAGGAUUGAACAUGAUGGAUUAUGAAUUCGAAAUAGAGUGGAUUAUCCAAUCU